AUGGCCCAUGAUACUUCUAUUCAAAUGCAUCAACAACUAAGAUACAGUGAUAGUUCUUACUUGAAAGAACAUGGCGUCUUAGCACCAAAAAAUGCUGAUAUUGAUGAACUAAAUGUCAUAAUGCUAUCAAUGUUGCCUGCAGAAUCUCGAAAAUACCUAAGUGCAAAUAUGAUAUGUCCAGCUAUGGGUGAGAACAUUGACGAAAGCAUGCAUCCACUAGAGUUAUUGCACUUAUUAAAUUUUCCAGGAAUUCCAAGUCAUUGUCUUGAACUCAAAAAGAGAGCGCCUAUAAUGCUAUUGAGAAAUCUCAAUCAAUCUCAAGGUCUAUGCAAUGGCACCCGUCUUAUUGUUGAGAAAAUGGGAGAUAAAGUGAUUGAGGCACAAGUGAUUAUGGGUUUGAAUAUUGGGGAAUGA